AUGAACACGCACGGCGGCUUCUUCUACACGCCCGCAGCCGACGAUGGCGCCUCCACCGCCGCCUCUGCGUCCGGCUUCGGGAGCAGCUCUCGCCCGCCUCCCACGGCGCCACGACGACUGACGCCGCUGCAAUCUUCACGGCUCAUGGCCUGGCUUGACGCAGCGCUGCUCGCCCUCUCGCGCAACCAUCGCCGCCGCCAUGCGCCCGACUCUCCGCUGCGCUCAUUGCGCGCCUACUGCGCUGCUGUCCUGCCCGUGCUCGCUGUGCUGGCAUCCGUGCCGCCGGCGCCGCCGGCUGGCAGCAUCAAGGUCGGCUAUCUGCUGCAGCUCAGCGACGUCGUGCCCGAGGCGUGCACGGGCUACGACGCGCAUGGUGGACGACCUACGGGCAGGGCGGGCGAGGAUGUGCAGCAGGAGGAGCAUGACCAGGAGCAGCUGCAGGAGGAAGAGCUCGAAGACGUAGGCACCACCCUCGCGCGCGCUCUGCAGCUCAUGCAUCUCAUCGAUGCCCAAUGGCACGCCCUCGUGCGCGGCUUCGAGCUCGACUAUGCCGCCGUACAGGCCGAGGCAGCGAAGCUCUUUCCAUUCAUCGGUCCUCCCGCCACUUCAGCGAUGCCCCCUUCUUUCGAUGGCCGCCAUGCCGCCGCCAAGCCACGCGAGGUGCGCCAGUCCGAUGGCGCAUCCGGCCGCGCCCUCUCUCAGACGGAUCGCGUGCGGCUGCAGAACAUCGCACUGCGCGCUCGUACCACACUGCGCGCGUGGGGGCGCGCGGCGCUGGAUGUAGAGCCACUGCCAGAGGAAGACACGUUCGAGAAGGAGGAGCGGACGCGAGCGGAGGGCGAUCUGGAGCAAAAGCCGGAGGAGCUGGAUGGGAUUGUGGAGCUUGACGAUGAGAGCGAGCAGAGUGGAGAUGAGGUGGUCGUCAAGCAGGAGGGCGAGGAGGAGGAAGAGGAGAUGGAAGAGGUCCUCGUACCGCCAAGCACCGCGCAUAGCGCUUCCCCGCCUCCACGGCCACGAGAGGAGCAGGGCAAGGACGACACGGAGGAGGGCAGGCAUUUCGCCAAUGUCUUCUCGAAGACCUUCGAUCCAGACGCGUCUGACGAAGACGAGGAGGACGUCAAGCCCGUCAUCUCGCACGACUACUCCACCCCUCCCACGCGCACACCGCUCAAACGUCAGCGCUCUCGCACCUCUUCGCCUCCAGCCCGUCGUCGAGCAGCGCCAGCAGAUGCGGCCCGGCACGAGCGGCAAAGCUCCGCCUCCCCGGCGGCAUCGCCGCCAGCGCAGCUGUCCGAAGGCGUCCUGGCCUGGGACAAGAGCUUCUCGCGCAUCUUCGAACGCACGCUCGCGGCGCUGGCGGACGCGCAACAGAUGCGGCUCGAGCGCGAGGAGCGGAAUGCUGCUGAGGGCCGGUAG